AUGUCGUCAUCAUCAUCACCAGCUCUUCCGCCCCCAAUCGACACUUCAGAUCCACGCCGCUUCGAUCGUGUGAGGCCCUUCACCCUGCCUCGCGCGUGGAGGGAGGAGUCCUUCGACAUCUAUGGUAGCGUUCUCGGUUCGGCGAGCAUGAUUUCCGGUGGAGCGAUCAUUACAAGGUUGCCUCAGUUGGCGUACAUUGGACUGAUCUUCGCCCUCGCACAUCUCGCCCACCACAAGCCACUGAGCGUACGAAAGAACUCGUCCGACUCGACAGGUGGGCCCUACAUGAGUCUUGCCUUCUCACUCCUGUCGAUCGGCCUCAUCGCCUUCCAGAAGAUCGUCAUCGCACCCAAGGAGGCGCAGUGGCGAGGCGGCAAGUAGCAGUUAGGCCAGACAAGAGAAAUGAAACCGAAAGUCACAUCGUGUAUUGGCAUUGGCGUUGCGCAGCGCGAUGGCUUUAAGGCCGCAGGAUGUCGGAGAUGUCCACAUCCAUCGCAUCAGCUGGUACUUGGAUGCCGUAGUCCCUAGCCAAGAUCUCGUCAUUAUGAAACUUGGACAAGUGCCUCACGCCCGAAUCGCACAGAAUGGUCACGACGGUCGGCCUCCCCUCCUUUCC